UUAUCAAAUUAAUGAUAAAGUUUUAAAAGAAUGGAAAGAAAAUGCUAAAAAAAAUAAUGAUAUAAAAUAUAAGAUGGCUUUAGCUGGUUAUUAUAUGAAAGGUCCAAAUGAAAAUCAUUUUGAAGCUGAAUCUUGGUAUAAAAAAGCUGAAAAAUUGGGUUCUAUUGAAGCAAAAUUAUGUUUAGGUUAUAUGCAUUCUAUUGGUAAAUUACGUUUUGAUCCAAAAAGAGCAAAAGAUUUAUUUAAAGAAGUUAUAAAUAAAUUAGAAAAAUCUAAAUCUAAUAAAGAUAAAGAAUUAUCUAGAAUUGCUAUGAGAAAUAUGGCUUUAAUUUAUCAUAAUAGUCAUUUUAUAAAACCUUUUGAAUGGGAUAAUCUUACUAAAAUUUCAAGAUUAAGUGAUUUAAAAGUUAAUAAAUUAUCAAAUAUUAAAUUAAAAAUUGCUGUUAAAUGGUAUAAAAAAUCUUAUGAUUUAGGUGAUAGUAUUUCAGCUUAUAAUCUUGGUUUACUUUAUGAAUCUGAUAUUAAUGGUAUUAAAAAAGUUGAUUAUCAAGCUGAAUAUUAUUUUAAAAAAGCUGUUGAUUUUGAUAAUAAUAAUUUAUAUGCAAAAGCUAAAUUAGGAAGA